AUGAAGAGUAGGUGUAGGACCGAUUCUGAGCCUUCACAUCUACAACACUUCGUGGAGAAGAAGAAAGGGAAACAGGUUAAAGAGCAAGAAGACUCUGAAUCAGGUGAUUCAGAGGAGGCUGAAGCAGGAUCUGCGGCUGGAGCAGACUCCAUUGCUAAGGAUAUGUCGUUCCCAAACGACAAGUUUUGCUCUGCCGGAGCAUAUCAGAGGGAAGUAAUCAAUGAGUUUUAUGCUAAUCUGGGAGAUACCGUGUUAGUUGAUGGGGGAGUUCUGGUCUUAGUCAGAGGUCACRUUGUGAGGUUCAGYCSURCUCGSAUCAACAAGUUCHUGAAUCUGUCUGAGUUGAGUUCCAAAGAGAAGAAAGAGGCUGCAGCACUUGACAAAGUGGAUCCUGAUUUCAUUGCCAAGUACCUCAGAGGUGCUGAGACUCAGGAGGCUGUUGUUCAGACCACAAGAAAGCGUCACAAGAAGGCACCAGCCUUGUCUACGGUUCAUCUCUCUCCAAAGUUUUCUGCGUUGGCUAUUUUGGCUGGGUACAACUGGUAUCCGACGACUCAUCGGACACACAUUGCUCAGUACAGAGCCCUGCUUCUCUACAAAUUGGCUCAMAAKGUUCGMKUAGAUUUUGGAGCAAUGGUGUUUCAGCAAGUUAUGGCUAUAAGCAAGAUUGAAAGAGAGGAUAAUAAGCAGCCUGAUACAAGGAAGUUGGUGUUUCCACACUUGAUUGGUGGGAUGAUUCAAGAACAGUGUGGUGCAGUGACUGGUGAGGAUGAUGUUGUGGUUCUUCCUUCGUAUUACCAGAUGGACAUCAGGAUUGAGAAGAAGGAAACAGGAGCUACCAUGACGUCUUUGCGUACUCGGGCCAAGGGUGCUGAGAUAGUCAAAGAGGAAGCAUCGUCUAAAAAGAGGGCUCAGCCGGUUCUAAGUCAGUCUGCACCGAAGAAAAAGACCAAGAGAGAGUCAGAAUGGUCAAAGCCAUCCAGCUCAGCUCGUUUUAUCGCACCAAUUGAUGUCUCACUUGGUCACAUCAGUGUGCUUCAGGGACACUCGAGCCAGAGGGUUGUCAACAAGGCACUAUACCAGAUCACCUCCGUUCUGCAUCAGCUGGCUGGGAUAGUUCAGGAUGUGCACCAAGCCAAUCAAUGUGAGUCUCCGAGAUCUCUUCUCAUUCUGCUUUUGCACUAA